GCAACGGUGUCUGAAAGCGAGGAGAGGAAACCACAGCCCUGUGCACUUUUUGGGCCACGAGCUGGGGGUUCGUGCUGCUUAUAAGGCUAACAUCUUCUCCCCGAAAUGAAGCCGCAGUUGCAUUUGUACUCAUUUUUAGACAGUUCUAAUGGGAGGGGCUUUUUUCCGUAUAUUAAACCCUUUUAUUAGCACCUCUGUUGUGGAUGACUUGGUGUAAAUCAGUCUUGGAAUUUGUUGGAUUAUUUUUUAGUUGAAGCAAACUCAUCUUUUCUACUCAUCAGUUAAGAGCAGCAGUGAGUUAGGAAGUGUGUUUGCCUGUGUACUGGGUGCGCUGCUCACUCAUCUAUCCUGGUCUUUACCACAAGUUUCACCCCCUGCUACUGCAGAAGAAGAGGGGCUUUCUGAAGAGCACCUGGCUGCCUGUGGUCUUCAUGUGCUCUUAUGGCAAAAGCUCUCCACACGUGAAGGUCAAGAGGUCUGCAUCACAGAAUAAUGUUCCAUUGAGAACAUGAGGGACUGUGACACGCACAUUUUUUGGGGAUCUUAAAGAUGCUCUUCUGACUCUUAUUCAGACAUGUACAUGGAACGCAUGGAGCUGCUGUACUGAUCUAAUUAAGGAAAUUGCAGUAUGCCCGAGCCUGAAAACUUAACAACACAGCCCAGUGGCCAGUCCAGUGACGACGGCUCAAAACCUUCAACACUGGACACCAUACACUACAUUCUCAUCAGUGUCUCGGCUUUCACCAUCCUCUUCAUCAUCCUGUUUGGAAUCCUAUGGUUUAAAAAAGUCCGAUCCCUGAACAGGACCAUUCAUCAGCUCAGACAGAGCAGGUCCACUGUGGCUCCUCUUAGAGACCCUCGUCCUUUUUCUCCCAUCACCCAACAACAUGCUAUGAUGAUGCCACAAGACAUUUCUACAGAGAGGCAACUACAAAGACAGAAAAGCAGGCAAAGCACAAGAUUACCAUGGAAGCCAUCUCAAGAGAACCACAGAGUGACGAAAGAGGACCUAAACCUCAUUCAGCUGAUCAAGGCCGGGAAAGAAGGGGCCUUCUACAAAGCCAGACUGAGGCGAGGCACAAGCAAAGGCCACUCGCUCGUCAUUUGUAAAAUUGCAAAAGACGGUGUCCGCGCUAAGCAAAUGGAAAAGGAAGUGUCUAUCAUGAGGAAGCUGGUGUAUCAUAAGAAUGUGAUGCAGCUGCUGGACUGGAACACUGCAGAGGAACCCUUCGUGCUGAUCAUGGAGUUUGUGAGUAACGGGACGCUGCGCAGCUUUGUGCAAAGGAAUCAUGAGAAGCUGAUCACUGACCCUGAACUCCAGAGCCUUUUCACCAUCGCCUCCUAUCACAUCGCCCUGGCCAUGGAGCAUCUACGCUCUAAAAUGGUGGUACACUGUGACCUUGCCUUAAGAAAUAUUCUGGUGAGCCGCUUCCCAUGGGAAAUCAAGGUGGCGGAGUUUGGCCUGGCUAGAGAUUUGACACGUAUGAGAAGCAGACGCAGCACCAGGAAACAGCAAAAUAAGGAGCGAUUGCCCUUGCGCUGGUACCCUCCUGAAUAUUUCCGGAACAGCUACUACAGCUUCAAGGGGGAUGUGUGGGCUUUUGGCAUUGUGUUAUGGGAAAUGCAGACUUUUGGCAGUUUACCCUACCCCACUUUGGAGACAUCAGAACAAGUCAUGUAUCAUAUUUAUGCUGGAUAUAGGAACGUAGGACCCGACGGCUGCCGGCCUGAGAUACUGCAGAUCAUGAAUGACUGCUGGUUGGAGCCUUAUACAGCCAGACCCUCUUUUUCAGAACUUGUCAGAAUCUUGGAGAACAUCAUUGAGAACGACACAGACUAUGUGGAUGUUGAAGGUGGAUCAAUGAACACAGCAGAAAACUGAGUAGUCAACAUCAUGGUCAAACCGAAGUCCAAACAAUCUACAGGAAUGAGUCUAUACUUUCCUUCUGGCUGAAAAGACAUGAGUGCACAAAGAUAUUUUUAUCCAUUGGAAUGCUUACGUGAUUCAACUUACACCUGCACUUACACACAGUGGAGCCUGAUGUGAUUACAGGUUGAAUAAAAAAAACAUGUUGGCUGAAUGUUCGUGGAUCAAGAAAAAGGUCAACAGCAUCUCAAGCACCCUCCCAGCUAACCGAGAACAUUAUAAGAAUGUUUAGCAACAUUUUACAAAAGUUCCAGAAAGGUUAGCCUGUAACGUCACAGAAAUAAUGUUCCAGAAACUUUUUAAAACAUGUGACAUAAUAAUGGUUGCAUUACAAUGCAUCACAAACAUUUCAUUGACACAAGUGACAUUAAAGCAAUGUUCCCAAAACUAUAAUUGUAACAUUCAAAUGUUCAACUAACUAAAAAUUGUUAGCUGGGCUGCUUUGGGUGGAAAGCACGCUUAUCUUAGGCCAAUUUGACAGCUCUGAUAUCUGAAGAUUUCUAUUUUGUUCUUUUGUGCUUUUUAGUCAUAUUUAGUUCAUCAUAUGCAGUUCAGUCUUAUCAAUGACUCCAUGAAUCAGGGGUUAACAGGUUACAUUUUAUCUCUACAUUAGGGGUGAGAUUUAACAAAAAAAUACUUUUAAAUCUAGGCUUUUAGAUAUCAAAUGACACACAAACUUGAGAUUCAGCUUUAGGUUUGCUCAUUUCUGCACACACAUGAAGUAUGAUUAUUCACGUAAAUCAUAUACAAAAAAUUAAACAUACAAAAAAGUGACCUACACUUAUAAAUUAUUGUCAGCAGCACCAAGAGGGACCAGUCAGCUAUGGUAAUUUAGCUAGUGUGAGCUCCAUAUUGUUUGGCUCUGGUGAAAUAAGUUAUGAACUGUAUCUAAACUAACAUUUUACUUUGUCACUUUAAUAUGCUGCCAAUAUUUUUAAAUCAAUAAAAAAUAUAUACUGCAUAUUUAAAUAAAAUACAUGGCUAACAACUCACUCUUCAUAUAAAAGAAAACUGUAUAAAAUGUACAAAAGUCAUUAAAAUAAAGACUUACAUUGCACUAUA